AUGGAAGAAGGAAUUGAUAAUCCCACAAUUAAUGAUAUUGACAAUCCAAUAGAAGAAGAAAAGGGAAUUGAAUAUAUUUUGUUAAUGGUAAUAUUACUAUUUGGGAAUGGAAUGACAAUAUUUUGUUUAAGUAAAAUGAUACAUAAAGCGAGAAAACAAGAAAUAGAGAAUUAUAAGAAUAUUCUAGGACAUAUAUUUUAUAAACCAAAACAUGCAAUCCUAUUAAUGAUAGUCAAUUCAAUUGGAAUAGGAAUAUAUUUUUGCUAUUGUAGUUUAAUUAUUAGUGAAAUACUUCAAAUAAAAAGUAAUGAAACAAUAAGAAGAAUGAUAAUAAUAACAGGAAUUAUUUGUUCAGGAAUUAUAUCAAUCAUAAUAGGGAAAUUAACAAAACAAUGGAAAAUAAAACAUAUCAAAACAAUAGGAAUAUCAGCUAUUAGUCAAAUAGUAAUAAUAAUAGUAAUAUUGAAUGAAAUAAAUAUAAUAAGUAUUGGAAUUAUAAUUUUGAUAAUUAGUAUGAUGACAAUAAUUGGAUAUUAUAUUGGAAAUCAAAUCAAAGAAACAAAACAGAGUUUAAUUCCAAGACCAAUUCAACAACAAACAUUUAUUCGGUCAAAUUAUUUUAAAGCAAUAGUUUGUGGAAUUAUUAUCUUUUUUGUAAAGUUAUGGACAAUUCAAGAGAAUCAAGGUAAAACAAACAUGAUGAAAACAAAUAAUUCUGGAAAACAAGUAAUAAUAAUAAUCAAUAAUAUACUCAGUAAUCUGUUGAUGAUAUUAAUAACAUGGAUAAGAACAUUUUCCCAAUUACAAAUAGAGAAUUAUCAAUGGAGUUGGUCAAGUUGGCUCAUAGGAGGAAGUUGUGGAAUACUUUUAGGUUUAAGUGAUAAUAUGAUAUACAAUUUAAAAGAUAAAGAAGAGGAUAUGGAAGAAAUUAUAGAGACAAUAAUGAUUAUUGGCAUACAUGAAGAUAAAAGAAGUAUAAAGAAUCUAAUAUGGAAGCCAAUAGCAUAUUCUUUAAUGAAUGGAUGUAUUUCGUAUUUUGCAUCAUUUUUAUUUGCAAUUAUAAUAUUUAAGUUCAAUAAAAUAAAUGAAGAAGAAGAGGAUAAUCAUAAUCAUUUAAAUUGA